AUGGAGCCUUUUGACGCGAUUCCGCCUGACCAAGUCUUUGUUACGGAACAAAAGCCAACAGUGAGAAAAUUUUCGAUUUUUCUUUCCAUGACUAAAUUUUUCAGGAGACAAGGCUUUUAAAAUGGAGAAAAGUUACUUGCGCAGAUGGACCGACGCCAAGGUUAUAAUUUUUUUUUGAUCAAAAUGUUUCGAAGAUAUUUGCUGUUAACCUUGCUUUUUUGUUUCGAAAAUUUAGAUUUUCAUUUUUCUCAGUUAAUCAAAUAAAUUUCAGACCUCGUCAUGGACAUCGAUCUGUUGCUAUCAAAGAAUUGAUGGUAGUCUUUGGAGGUGGAAAUGAAGGAAUCGUGGAUGAAUUGCACGUGUACAACACGAGUGAGUGUCAAAUAAUCUUUUUUCUGAUUUUUUGUGUAGGCAUCAAUCAAUGGUUCGUUCCUCCGUUGCGCGGAGAGGUUCCGUCUGGCUGUGCGGCUUAUGGAAUCGUGUGCGAUGGAACAAGAAUCCUUCUAUUUGGUGGAAUGGUCGAGUACGGAAAGUAAGUUUUGUAUAUAUGUCAUUAAUACGUUUCUGAUAAAAAAAAAAGAGUUUCAGAUACUCUAACGACUUGUAUGAACUGCAAGCCACUCGGUGGGAGUGGAAGAAGCUUCGGCCAAGAGCUCCGAAAGUUGGAGCCGCGCCAGUUCCUCGCCUGGGCCAUUCUUUCUCGAUGAGCAAAAAUAAUGUAGGGAUUGUUGUUCUACAAGUAGUUGGUCAACGGGAGUUUUUUAGAUCUGUUACGUUUUUGGAGGCUUGACCAAAUGACUCUGUAGAGCAGAAAUUGAACAUUCCGCGUUAUCUGGACGAUCUCUACACCAUUGACGUGUCGGCUGGCGUUAACAAUCUGCAAUGGAACAUUCCCGAGGUUCCUUUUUGGACGAAUUUGGAGGAAUUGUGGGAUUCAGACGUUUGGCCAGCGUCCAAUUGCUCGCGAAUCGCAUUCGGCUCUGAUUUACGAAACGGAGAGUGCGCGAAAUCUCAUCAUCUACGGAGGAAUGAACGGUUGUCGACUCGCCGACGUCUCUCUUCUGAACUUGGACUCGAUGACCUGGACGCAUCCUGAGGCACUCGUCUUUCCUUCUCUUCCUUUUAUUUCUUUCUGUUUCAGAUCGUCGGAAUUCCUCCGGCGCCUCGUUCGCUUCACACUGCCAACUUGGUCGACAACAAAAUGAUUGUUUACGGCGGCUGGGUUUCUUUUUGGAAGUUUUCUGAAUGUUAUAGUGUUUUUUGCAGGUUCCAUUAUCUGAGCCAUCCUCGGAAGAGCAGCAAAUGGCGGAAAAAGAGUGGAAGUGCACGAAUUCUCUCGGUUGCCUCAACCUGGACACAAUGACUUGGGAGAGUGUCACCUUGGGCAGCUAUAAUGAAGGUUUGACAUUUAAAUUUUUUUCAAAGAUCAGAAAAAUAAGAUUAUGUGUAAGACUUUUUUGAUGUGAGUAAUUUGUUGCUUUCAGAACAAAUCCCAAGAGCUCGUGCCGGCCACAGCGCGGUCGCCAUCAACACGAGGAUCUACGUUUGGUCGGGCCGAGACGGAUAUCGGAAGGCUUGGAACAACCAGGUAUCAUCAGCUGUUGAUCGCGCUUUGAAAGGACUUCUGUUCAGGUCUGCUGCAAAGACAUGUGGUUCCUGGAGACGGCGCGGCCGGAAAUGCCAGGCCGAGUUCAAUUGGCGCGCGCCAGUUGCUCCAGUCUCGAUGUAGGUCUUUUUUCUCUUUGAAAAGGCUUUUUUUUCAAGAACUUUCUCAUUUUCCGCAUUCGUAUAAUGCCAUGUCUGAUAAAGCGAAAAAAAAAAUUAAUUUUCCAACUAUUUUUUUUAAUGCUUUCGGAUAUUAAAUCUGCGAAUUCGUACAUUUUCAUCAAAAUAUGGAGAUGGAUUUGAUCAUUAAAAUCCCAAGAUUCUUUCUUUUUCUGCAAUUCUCACAUAAAUCAUAAAUUUUAUGUGAAUAUCUUUGAUAAAAUGCUAAGUUUCGAUAAAGUACUUCUUUUUUUCAUUCGUUGCUUCAUUCAUCCUUUGAAUUAACUACUUUCCAAAGUUAUAUCUAGAGGGUUUUUUUGUAGUCGCUUGGUAAGGGUAGUGAAAAAAAAACUUUAAAGUGAGGACAUUUGUAAAUAAAAAGGGUUACCUUCGCCUUCAGAAGAGGUUAAUGGACGGAAUCUGCAUUCUUAAUUGCAGAUCACCUGGGGAGGUGUCCCCACCGCCGAAGCCUAUCUUCUCCAAGUGAGCCGACCUGACAUCAGUGGUUCGUCCUCCUUGGUCAUCGUUUAGGCUCCCCUUCUUUUCAGCAACCAAAGCGGCGCCGCCAACUCCUGCCCCCGUCAAAGCGCCUGUGGCGACUCCGGCCAAAGCUCCUGGAACAAAAGCGAUCAUCAUCACGAAGAACAGUGCUGACGGAACCCAGAAGUGCGUUUUCGACUGAAAGAGUGAAAAUAGAGGCUGUUCCAGGGUCGUUUAUCUGGCCAACGAGAGCAUGGACACGAGCGUUCCGGAGACUCAGCCUUCCGGAUCGGUUAUUUCGACCCAAGGCACCACUUACACGGCCCCCGCGGCCAAGCAACAGCAGCCCGACGAGGUUUUUCUUGAUUUCUGAUGGCCGGACAGACUUAGAAGACUUAUUUUGUUAUAUUUAUCUUUCUAUGUUGGAUUUGGGAUGGGGAGAAAUAAUUCCUAGAAAAGUUAGAAAAGCUCACAGUUAUGCAUUUUAGAAAAUUUUUUGUUGUGUUUUAUUCACGCAUCUAAAUUUUUGAUAGUCCUUUGCCCAAAAAAAAUGGAUUUAAGGAUACUUUCACUCAAUCGAUCAUGAUUCAGGGCGGACUGCCGCAGAAUCUGUUCGACGAAUCUGGCACCGACGACGUCCAGCAGCCUUCUUCGCCGACCAAAGCGACUGGAGAAUCUUCUGACGUUGUGAGAAUCUUUUUCGGAGACCAUGUUCCAUUUCUUGGCUUAGCAGCCCGGCCCUACGUCUGCACCGACCGACGGAGAGACGCCGUCGACGUCUUCUGCAGACCCAGCCUCUCAAGAGCCUCAGCCAGCUGCUCCAGCUCCUGCUGAAAACGCCGAGGUUCAGCCUGAAAUGUCCAAAAAAAGCAAAAAUAUUCAGAACGUCGAAAAACCUUUCGGAAAAUGAGAGCAACUCUACUGCUGGCCAGCCAGAUGCAAACAGUGCAACCAACAAUGGAAAUAUUCAAGAAGUUUUCAGGCAUGCCGAUCAAUUCGGAUAUUGGAUAUUUGCAGAAAUCAGAAGACGGGGAAUGGUUUGAUGUGGGCAUUAUAAAGGGAACCUCGUGUCUUGUCUCGCACUACUUUUUGGGCGGCGGAGAGCCUUUGGAAAACGUCUUCGGGGUCGGUCUCCUUCCCAUCUUCAAAACGUCAAUUUCUUUGCUCAGGCGGAUCAAGACUUGACCAUGCACGCUGGGAACAUUUCCUACAUGGAGAAGUCGGAACUCGAGUCGGGCACCUCCUAUCGUUUCAGAGUCGCCGGAAUCAACGGACUCGGCAGAGGCGUCUGGAGCGAAUAUGCCACUUUCAAGGUUCUCGAACUCCGCUCUACCGGUCAACUAGUCUUUUCAGACGUGUCUUCCUGGCUUUCCUGGAGCUCCCUCUUCGAUACGCAUUUCGAAAGGCGUGGAUGGCGCUCAGCUCAUGUGGGAGCCGCCGAAUAUCACGGCAGGUUGGUUCAAUCGAACGAUUUUCUCCCAUAAUGAACACUUUAAGGCAAAGUUUCCGAGUACAGCGUUUAUUUGGCGGUUAGGAACGCCUCCGGAAGCACGGACAGUCAGUUGGCCUUCAUGAGGUUCCUUCAUCCAAUUUGUCUGUGGAAAAGUUGAUUCGACUUUCAGAGUGUACGUGGGAGGCGAGGCCGAAUGUGUGGUGCCACAGGCGAAUCUGGCGGCCGCCUACGUCGACACCAGCAACAAACCUGCGAUCAUCUUCCGCAUUGCUGCCAAGAACGAAAAGGUGACUCUCGUCCUCAUUAGGACUAUCCUCACUAUUCAUGUGCAAAGCCAUGCCUUGAGAAGAAUUUGCUCCUUGUUAGAAAAGUGUACUUGCAAGGGAACUUUAUGCAACUAGCGGUAGAACUUCUGUCUAAAAAACUUUUUUUGUUUGCCAUCUAUCCCUCCAUGGUGAAGCAGUUUAUUCGCUGGUACUACUAACGGGCCAAAAUUAUUUCCCAACGCUAGCUGUCACUCCGGGACGUAUUGGACAACAAUUGUGGACCGUAACCCGCGCCGACGACUAACUCUUCCAUUAUACCAUGAUUCAGCAGAGAUUUUCUUCAUCUUACUCUGAAGACUGAAUAAAUUGAAUAAAUUGAAUUGAAAUUGAAUUGAAAUUGAAUCUAUCCCUCACCGCUCGUCGCAAAAAAAUUUUUUUGAAAAAUUUUUUAAGGCUAAGAAAAAAAGUUUUUAAAUAGGGAUAUAAAAGAUCGGAAAAUCGCUAACAUGAGUAUCUAAUUGUGAUAGAGGAAAAAACGCUGUCUUUCUGUUGUAAGGCUUUGACAAUGGAACGAUAAAUUAUAGGGCUACGGUCCGGCGACUCAGGUCAGAUGGCUGCAGGACCAGAAACCGGUGGGUCCGGUCCGUUUCCCGGUCCAGAAUCCGCCUUCCUUCUACCAACAACAUCAGCCUCUUCUCAAACGUCCUCGACUCGACUAA